CGGCGCGGCCGGCGCGGUGCAGUGUGGGCUGGCGGCGGCUGAGGCGGAGCUGGGUCUGAAUGAAGGCGCCGCGGGCCAGGGGCCGCCGGCUCCGCUGAGCGCCCUGGGGCCUCGCCCGCCCCGCACUCCGUCCCGUCCCUCGCCCCGUCCCUCCCCCCGCGGGCGGGCAGCGGCCGCCCGGGCCCCGCCAUGUCCUACAACAAGAUCCCGCCGCGCUGGCUCCACUGUCCCAGGAGGGGGCAGCCCGUGGCAGGUGAAUGUUGUCACUGCUGCCUGCUAUGAGAUAAACAAACUUUGCUCUUUUCAAUAUUCUCAAUAAGUUCUUUCCUUUAUAAGGGAAGUUUUUACCUUUGAAGACAAUGUUAGGACCAAGAUAUGAUGAACAGGUUGCUGAAGAAAAUCGUUUUCACCCGAGUAUGUUAUCCAACUACUUAAAGAGUCUGAAGGUUAAAAUGGGUUUACUGGUAGACUUGACGAACACCACUAGAUUCUAUGACAGGAAUGAUAUAGAGAAAGAGGGGAUUAAAUAUAUAAAGCUCCAGUGUAAAGGGCAUGGUGAAUGCCCUACACCUGAGAAUACAGAAACGUUUAUCCGUGUGUGUGAACACUUCAGUGAUAAGAAUCCCUCAGAGCUUAUAGGUGUCCAUUGCACACAUGGUUUCAAUAGAACUGGAUUUCUGAUCUGUGCCUUUUUGGUCGAGAAGUUGGACUGGAGUAUUGAGGCUGCUGUGGCUACUUUUGCUCAGGCUAGACCACCAGGUAUUUAUAAAGGUGACUAUUUGAAGGAAUUGUUUCGUCGUUAUGGAGAUGAAGAUGAUGCACCGUCACCACCUGAGCUACCAGAAUGGUGCUUUGAAGAGGAUGAAGAGGAGGAUGAUGAUGAUAAUGGUAAAACAGGAGGCCAGGAAUCAGAACCUGGAUCAUCAGGCUCUUCCUUUGGCAAGAGGAGGAAAGAACGACUAAAACUGGGUGCAAUUUUCUUGGAAGGAAUAACAGUUAAAUGUGUGACCCAGGUGACAACACAACCAAAGUUAGGAGGAAUACAGCAAAAAUGUCAGCAGUUCUGCGGAUGGGAAGGAUCUGGAUUCCCUGGAGCACAGCCUGUUUCCAUGGACAAGCAAAAUAUUAAAUUUUUGGAGCAGAAGCCAUACAAAGUUAGCUGGAAAGCAGAUGGCACUCGGUACAUGAUGCUGAUUGAUGGCAAGAAUGAAGUUUAUAUGGUUGAUAGAGACAACUCUAUUUUUCAUGUAUCUAACCUGGAAUUUCCGUUUCGUAAAGACCUUCGCACACAUCUAACAAACACUCUUCUGGAUGGGGAAAUGAUCAUCGACAAGGUUAAUGGACAGGUUGUCCCUCGGUACUUGAUAUAUGACAUUAUUAAGUUUAAUGGACAGCCCGUUGGAGACUGUGAUUUUAAUGUUCGACUUGCAUGUAUAGAGAAAGAGAUUAUAUUUCCACGACAUGAAAAGAUGAAAAAUGGUCUUAUCGACAAAGCACAGGAACCAUUCAGUGUUCGAAACAAACCAUUUUUCGACAUCUACGCUUCAAGAAAGCUCCUGGAAGGAAGCUUUGCCAGAGAAGUUAGCCAUGAAGUGGAUGGACUGAUAUUUCAGCCUACAGGAAAAUACAAGCCGGGUCGAUGUGAUGAUAUUUUGAAGUGGAAGCCACCCAGCCUGAACUCUGUUGAUUUUCGUCUAAAGAUAACAAGAAUUGGUGGAGAGGGGCUGCUCACCCAGAAUGUUGGUCUUCUUUAUGUUGGAAACUUUGACAGACCUUUUGCACAAAUUAAGGUGACAAAAGAACUGAAACAGUACGACAAUAAAAUUAUAGAGUGCAAGUUCGAGAACAACAGCUGGGUCUUCAUGAGACAGAGAAUAGACAAAAGCUUUCCAAAUGCCUACAGCACUGCCAUGGCUGUAUGCAACAGCAUCCAGAACCCGGUCACGAAGGAGAUGCUGUUUGAGUUCAUUGACAGAUGCGCAGCAGCUUCUCAAGGACAGACGCGGAAACACCACCUCGAUCCUGACACCGAACUCAUGCCACCCCCACCGCCCAAAAGGCCACGCACCAUAACAUAAGGCCUGGCUCGCAGCCCAUAGUGUGUUUACAGUUCUGCAGAAGGUGGAACGCAAGUGUGAAGGCUGGAAAAAAAGCAAUCUGAAUUGCUGUAAAUACUUGGGUGUGGCUUUUUGAGUUUGUUUUGGGUUUCUUGUUGUUCUUUUUAGUUUUGUUUUGUUUUAAAUUCCACAUACAAAUGGACAUUGUUUUGUAACUGAUAAAUUCGACCUUACCUUAUGGUAUUUGAAGAUGAAAUUUCCAAAGGUUUAGACAAGAACAGUACAAUGAAGUCAAUGGAAAGCUGCCUUGUUUAUAUAUGGAUCUCUUUUCACCUUUAAUUUAUAAUGCCAGCAAUCUGGAACUGAGAAAACAUUGGGAUGCUGUACUUUUUAGAGGCUGUAUUUAAAAAAAAAGCAGAAGUGUUUUUUUUAUCGUUUAACUGGUUGCAGUUUGUCACCCAGGGUAUAAUUGGUCCUAGUUUCCCUGCAUUUCCAAGGCUUGUAUUUAACAGCAAACAGCAAUGUUGUUUGUGCUCUGUGUUGGUUAAAAACUAAGCCACCUUAGAUUUCACUAAUUUCAAAAUUAGAUGGUUUUUGUUGUUGAAAUAUUAAAAAACUGAAUCCUUCUUGUACAUAGCAUCCCUUUGAAAGGAAAUGUGCUGGGUGUUUGUUUUUUCCCCCUGUUUGAACCUAACACAACAAAUGUAUAGUGGGCUGAUUUUAGCUUUGCCUUUUAAAGUUUGUCUGUAGAUAAGGAAUACACCAAAUCCUUAGUAUUAAGGUCUCUAUUGAGGGACCGUUUCUAGUACAGGGCUUAGUUCUCCACAGUGAUACCAUUGUAAAUAUGAUUAAAAAGUACACAUCACUGUGAUAUGCAAGAGUAAUAAGUAGUGCUAAUCAUGAUGUCUUAGAUCCAGGCACAAAAGGGCAAAAGAAAUGCCAGAAAACUCCUGCGUAAGAGAGGAGGUAGCACGGAGCACACUGGCAGAUUUUCCUGACGUGAGUUUUGGGGAGCUGCGUGCUGGUUGUCCAACGGAGGGGUUGUUCUGCGCUGGCAUUAGUUGGAAACCAAAUGCAGAUUUUGAAGUUUACUGUACAUUUAUCAAGCAGGGAUUGAAUUGGCUCUUUCUGUAGUUGACUUAGUGAGUCAUCCGUUGAUUCAGCAAUCUGAUUAGUGAAGCUCGUUGAUUUGUUAUAACUAAAAUGCAUUUCUGUUUAAAUGAGUUUUAAUGUUUGUAAGCAAAAUUGACUCCUGCAGGUUUUUUUUUUUUUUUAUGGAAAUUUUAGGACUAUGCUUUGUGGUGGCUUCUCUAGUUGUUUCAACCUGUUGUAUAAAUGCACACGGCAUCAUUUAGAUGGUGUUCCUAGCGUCUUUUUCUAGAGUAUUCCAUAUGUGUUUUAGAGAACUGAAGGAGUUACAUAAGUUACUUUUUAUACUAUGGUAAAACUUGGGGGGAAAAAAUGUGUUGAUCAAAUUUCUUUUCUUCAACUGUACAUAGUUUCUGCAUAUUAUCUAUAGAAAAGAUAUAAAAUCACCUAUGCAAGGUUGCAAAAUUAUCUCCUAAAAAGAGCCUUAUGAAUUUGAUGUGAACACCUAUGCAGCCUCUGUGCAUCUUGCAUUGAAACACACAGUCAGUUAUUUCUUCACUCAGUAUAAUUUCCCCCGAUGAUACUCGUCACUGAGAUCGCCUUGGCAUACGCUCUGUCGCAGAUCUUCACGGUUCUGCGGCAGUCGCAAUGUGUGUGAUGAUUACAGCCCUCUCCAGGAGGUGAGGACGUUUCAUUCUUGUGAGGACCUAUCCAGGUUAUUUCCAUCCUUCCCAGCCCUUACAUCUUGUGUUUCAACCAGACGUAGCUUCGGGUUUUCCUGCUCCUUCAGAGCUGCGGCACCGCCGGCCGUCUUCCACCUGCAUUCCACUGAGCCCAUCAAUGUGGUGUGGCCCUCCCUCCUAUUUUGACAGUGUCUUUUUUUCCACUUUUGGCUUGAAACAGAUAUUUUGAAAGAGUAAUGACCCUGAGAAGGUUUAGAGCUCCGUGGUCGUAUUUGAUUGUUAAACUCUUCUUGCACUAUGACCUGAAGCUUUUUAGAGAGGUCAAUCGCCUCUCCUUUUCUGGAAAAGGAAGCUACUGGGGAAGGGUUGAAUGAAGAACCUGAUGGAAAAAAGAAAGGAAUUUCACUUGGACAAGAUGAGUUUAAUGCUGUGAGAAAUGCAAACCUCCUUUCUCUGCUACUAGAUAUUCAAGAGGUUAAAGCUAAGAAGCAAAGAAGAGUCUGUGCCAGGAAAAUAAUGAUAAAAAAAACCCUUAACUUGUCUGUUCUUCGGUGUACAGCAUGAAUUCAUCCACCGUUUUGUCAUUUGUUAAAUAUAUAAUUAAAAUUUGGUUUCAGUGCAGUUUCCAGAAAAUGUUACAUUCCUCUACAAACUGUGUAUUAAGUAUUUUAAUAAAAGUCGAUGGUUUAAAA